CUUACGAUAACUACACCAUGAUGAACAGAAUUGCUUUCAGAGGUAUUGCCCGUGUGGGUCUUCGUCAGGCUCCUGGUAUUCGUUUCCUCUCCACUCCAGUGGAACCAAAGGAAAAGGCCAACUCUAUCAUUAACGCCAUGCCAGGUAACAACUUGAUCUCCAAGACCGGUGUUCUUGCUACCUCCGCUGCCGCCGCCGUCUACGGUAUCUCUAACGAAUUGAUCAUAUUGCAUGACGAAACCAUUCUUGUUGUCACUUUCGCUGCUUUCACUGCUCUUGUUGCCAAGUUUGUUGCUCCUCUCUACACCGAGUGGGCUGAUGGUGAAAUCAAGAAGGUCAACGACUUGUUGAACGACUCCCGUACCAAGCACGUUGAUGCUGUCAAGGGUAGAAUCGAAUCUGUUUCUCAAUUGAAGGAUGUUGUCGCCACCACCAAGCAAUUGUUUGCUGUCUCCAAGGAAACCGCUGAAUUGGAAGCCAAGUCCUUCGAAUUGAAGCAAACUCUUGCCGUUGCUACCGAAGCCAAGUCUACUUUGGACUCUUGGGUUAGAUACGAACAACAACAAAGACAAUUGGAACAACAACAAUUGAUCAAGUCUGUUUUGGACAAGGUUAACAAGGAAAUUGAAAACCCUAAGUUCCAAGACAAGGUUUUGGGUGAAUCUGUUGCUGAAAUUGAAAAGUUGUUUGCCAAGGCCUAG